AUGUCUCUGGGCCGCCUCCUUCGCCGGGCCUCCUCCAAAGCCUCGGACUUCCUGACCCUCACCCCGGGUGGUGGCGGCGGCGGCGGCGGGCCCCCCACCGUCCUGGAUGGGGAGAUCAUCUACUCCAAGAACAAUGUCUGCGUGCACCCACCAGAGGGGCUGCAGGGGCUGGGGGAACACCACCCAGGCUACCUGUGCUUGUACAUGGAGAAGGAUGAACUGCUGGGGGCCACCCUCAUCCUCGCGUGGGUCCCCAACUCCCGGAUCCAGAAGCAGGACGAGGAGGCGCUGCGCUAUAUCACCCCCGAGAGUUCCCCGGUGCGCAAGGCACCCCGCCCUCGGGGCCGGCGCACCCAGAGCUCAGGGGCCCCCCACCAGCCAUCCCCCACGGAGCCCAGGUCCACCCUGAUCCCCAGAGACGAGGACAUCCUGGUGGUGGCCCAGAGCAUCCGAGACACCGAGUGCGUCAGCCCUUCGCCUGAGGAUGGGGAGAAGCUGGCCCCGGGCUUGGGGACAGACGGCCCCCUCCCAGCCUUGCCACCGGCCCAUAGCGACUCAGGAAUCUUGUCAGCGGUCAGUUCGCAAGAUGGGACAGAAGAGGGCCGGGAGCCCCGACCUGAGGUGGGUGAGGAGGAGGGUUCCUUGGAGCUGUCGGCCGAGGGUGUGAGCAGGGCCAGUUCCUUCGACUCGGACUCAGAGGCCUUCUCUUCACCCUUCUGCCUCUCGCCCAUCAGCGCCGCCCUUGCUGAGAGCAGCAGCUCCGUGUUCCUGGAGAGUGAGAGCGGACACGUUGGCCCUCACAUGACUUGCUCCACCAGCUCCCCCUCCAGCGUGGAUGCCCCUCUGCAGUUCCCGGACGGCAGCGGCCUCCUGCAGCCCCCGCGCUGGGAUGAGCCGCAGAGGGCCAGCGCCCUGGAGCAGAUCUGUGGCGUGUUCCGAGUGGAUUUGGGCCAGAUGCGCUCCCUCCGCCUCUUCUUCAGCGAUGAGGCCUGCACCAGUGGCCAGCUGGUCGUCGCCAGUCGGGAAAGCCAGUACAAGGUGUUCCACUUCCACCACGGUGGCCUGGACAAGCUGCCUGACGUGCUUCAGCAGUGGAAAUACUGCACGGAGACGCACCUCAAAGACCAGCAGGUCGCCGACGAAAAGACGUGUAUGCAGUUCUCCAUCCGGCGUCCCAAGCUGCCGUCUUCCGAGACGCACCCCGAGGAGAGCAUGUACCGACGGCUGGACGUGGCGGCCUGGCUCCGUCACCUGAAUGCUCUGGGGCAAGUGGAAGAGGAGUACAAGCUCCGCAAGGCCAUUUUCUUCGGCGGCAUUGAUGUGUCAAUCCGAGGGGAGGUCUGGCCCUUCCUGCUGCGUUAUUACAGCCACGAGUCUACGUCGGAGGAAAGGGAGGCGCUGCGGGUGCAGAAGAGAAAGGAAUACGCCGAGAUCCAGCAGAAAAGGCUCUCCAUGACCCCUGAAGAGCACAGAGCUUUCUGGCGGAACGUGCAGUUCACCGUGGACAAGGAUGUGGUUCGGACAGAUCGGAGCAACCAGUUCUUCCGAGGCGAAGGCAAUCCCAACGUGGAGAGCAUGAGGAGGAUCCUGCUGAACUAUGCGGUGUACAACCCAGCCAUCGGCUACUCCCAGGGCAUGUCGGACCUGGUGGCCCCCAUCCUGGCCGAGGUCCUGGACGAGUCAGACACCUUCUGGUGCUUUGUGGGUCUGAUGCAGAACACAAUCUUUGUCAGCUCUCCUCGGGACGAGGACAUGGAGAAACAGCUGCUGUACCUGCGGGAGCUUCUGCGGCUGACCCACGCACGCUUCUACCAGCAUCUGGUCUCACUGGGCGAGGACGGCUUGCAAAUGCUCUUCUGCCACCGCUGGCUCCUGCUGUGCUUCAAGCGGGAGUUUCCCGAGGCCGAGGCGCUGCGCAUCUGGGAGGCCUGCUGGGCCCACUACCAGACAGAUUACUUCCACCUUUUCAUCUGCGUGGCCAUCGUGGCCAUCUACGGGGAUGAUGUCAUAGAGCAGCAGCUGGCCACUGACCAGAUGCUUCUGCACUUUGGAAACCUGGCCAUGCACAUGAAUGGGGAGCUUGUUCUCAGGAAGGCGAGGAGUUUGCUGUACCAGUUUCGCCUCUUGCCGCGGAUCCCUUGUAGCCUGCAUGACUUGUGCAAGCUGUGUGGGACUGGCAUGUGGGACAGCGGUUACAUGCCUGCCGUGGAGUGUACGGGCCAGCACCCAGGGUCGGAAAGCUGCCCGUACGGGGGUACCGUGGAGACACCUUCCCCCAAGCCCCCCAGAGAAGGCAGGAAGGGUCCAAAGACGCCCCGAGAAGGCUUUAGUUUCCGCAGAUAG